CGUAGUAAUCUCAAGUUAUUUCCCGCCAUGUGGGUUUUCGCUUCUAAAACCCUAUCUUCUUCUCCAUUUCUCUACAACCCAUUUCCAAACCGCCAUAGCUCGAGCUCAAAGCUUAAGCUCAAUUCGAGCUUGAGCGUGAAGUUCGAGUAUGAGACCGAAAGGGGUCUGGAUUUCGAGACCGGAGAGUCGUUUUUCCGACACGAAAGCGCCACGGGUCGGGACCUUGGUGUGCUCGCGGCGGCGUUGUAUAAGAAAUCAAAGGCCAGACUGCGAAUACUCGACGGAUUAUGCGGUUGCGGGGUUCGGUCGCUUCGGUACCUCGUCGAAGCCGAGGCUGAUUUCGUUUUGGCCAACGACGCGAACGAUGAUUGCAGGGAUGUCAUUUGCAGGAACUUGUCACAGGUGCCCAGAGGCUCCGACGAUGAGCCCAGGUGGACGGUGACGCAUACCGAUGCGAACCGAGUCAUGAUGGAGUUUUAUCUGCAAAGGGAUUUCUUUGAUUUGAUUGAUAUUGAUUCAUUUGGGAGUGACUCUUCUUUCUUGAGGCCAGCCAUUAAUGCUUUGAGAUAUGAUGGGUUGCUUUACGUUACUUCGACUGAUGGUUACUCUUCAGGUGGUCACCGGCCUCAUCAUUCAUUAGCUGCAUAUGGAGCUUAUGUUCGGCCUCUGCCAUAUUCGAAUGAGAUUGGACUGAGAAUGCUUAUAGGUGGAGCUGUUAGGGAGGCAUCUGUAUUGGGUCAUCGUGUUGUUCCGCUUUUUUCAUAUUAUUCAUACCAUGGACCUGUUUUCAGAGUCAUGCUUCGAGUAAAUCGUGGGAAACUUUCUGAUAACUGUCAUUAUAGUUUCGUUAGCUACUGUCACCAAUGUGGAAACUCUCAAACAUUUUCAUUUGAUGAACUCAGUCAGAUUAGUUGCUCCUGCGGCAAUUCAAAGUCCAUCAUCGUCUCGGGGCCACUUUGGACAGGACCUCUUCAUGACUCCUCCUAUCUUACAGAAAUGUUAAAUUUAGCUAAGGAAUGGGGAUGGGCAGGUGGAGACACAGAAACAGCUCUCGAAAAACUUUUGAAACAAAUGGUGGAUGAAAGUGAUCCCCGAUUACCAUUUGGUUUCAUCAAGUUGGAUGAGGUUGCAAGCCGUGCAAAAGUAAACUCUCCACCCCUAAGAACCAUGAUGGACGCCAUACAAAAGGAGGGUUAUGCUGUUAGUAGAUCACACAUUAUCUCUAAUGCACUAAAGACCAAUUGUCCCAUGGCAGAAUGCAUAAGAAUUGCCAAGGAAUUACAGCCACGUGCCUAUACUGAAAUUUUGUAACUUGUUGGACAAUGCUGCCGGUGAGCGUUGUUGCCCACAAGAUGACAUUUAGGUGACGUUUGGCUGGAGUAAAUGAAAAUAGAGGAAUGAGAAUGUGAUAAUGAAUAGAAAUGGAAUUGAAUAAAAUUUAAUAUUAAUAAAAAAUUGAUAAAAAAUUAUUAUUAU